AUGCACUCCAAAAUCGCUGCUUUCCUCCUUCCUCUGCUCGCCACCGCGACUCCGGUCAAGCGAGCCGAUGGUCCUAACCCCAAUGAUAUCACCAUCUCGGAUACUACCUACUCUGGCAACGGAUGCCCCCAGGGUUCCGUGUCCACCAGCAAAUCCGCCGAUAAGACUGUCAUCACCUACGGCUUCGACAAAUUCCAAGCCUACAUCGGCCCCGGCACCGUGCCGUCCGACCGGUCGAAAAACUGCCAACUCCACCUAAACCUGCGGUACCCCGGUGGCUUCCAAUACGCGGUUGUCGACGCGACGUACCACGGGUGGGCGCGGCUGGACGACGGGGUGAACGGGACCUUCAUCACGACGUACUACUUCAGCGAGGACGCGGGCAAGACGCAAACGACGCGCAUGUCUGUGGCUGGCGGCGGCGCCCUGGCCAACGGGCUCGUCUACACCAAGCAAGACACGGUCGAAACCACGGCUACCAUUUGGAGCCCCUGCGGCGCAAACGGCAUCCUCAAUGUUAAUAACCGCAUUGCCCUCACCAGCAAGGAUGCUAAUGCCGCGGGCGAGAUGAGCAAUGAUGAUGCUACCGUCGCUUUUACCCAUCAGUUGCAUGUCGCGUGGAGGGAGUGCAAGACGACGAGUGGGGGCGCGGCCACCGGCGAUGAUUCGAUUGGUAUUGGAAGCCCAAGUGCUGAGCUUGAAUUUGCUUAG